AUGCGAUUGGGUGCAUUCGCGGAUGACAAGGAUACCCUAGACAGGCUCGCCGCUGUGGGUACUUGCCUUGCAAAGCGCAUACAAUCGCGACGAUAUCAUUCUCACCACCUCUCUCCCCAUUCCGUCCGACUCCAGACGUACACUGCCCGCAUCACUUCGAUCUACGCCGCGGCGCAGCAUUUGGCAGCUACGACAUCGACGUCAAGCCUCGAAACUGCAAAUACACUCGGGUCAGGCUCCAGCAGCGCAAACCAGGGCCAGACCAUGGGCAUGGACCCCGACGCGCCAGGGUUCGGCAGUGCAAACGGAGUGGGCAUGAGUUCAGAGAUGGUUGCAUUUUUGAGAGGGCUGGACGAGGAUGAGAGGCAGCGUGAGUGAGGGCGUUUCGCUGCGGCGUAGGGUGCUUUGAAUGGGCUGACAGCGUCUUGCGGCUUCAUCGACCCAGUGCUGGCCAUCGGACAAUCAGCUGCGUUAAACAUGCGCGCAUAUCUCUCUGGUCGGUAA